CCGAGUUUCAGUUCGUUUCCCCCCCCCUCCCCCUCCACACACACACAAACACACACACACUGUGAAACAUAAUUCAUUAUCAAUGUCCCAACAUGCUUAUGUAAACUAUAUACGUCCAAAACAUCUCGCCGCAUAGAAAUGCAAAUUUUUAAAUAAAUUUAUAAGUUGUUAUAUAGUUUUUAAUAACGAGUAGAUCAAUUAUAGCCUGGUUACUUUAAGAUCUUGAAAUCAUUGUAAUCCUAUUCUCUAGCAUAGAUUCCCAAGCGCAUUCAUUUGUUCAAUUCAUAUCAACUUACUUUCGAUUUCAACGGAUGGUCACAAUACAUAAAUUCGAACGAACAAGUUGGAGACUACAUGGGAUUUUGACAGAUGGCGGGAAACCCUCAUCAACUGGAGAUCAGCCGGUAAAAAGGUUACACGAGUUUGAAGAAGUACAGGUUGCGUUUAGCAAGAUGUGGAACCUUUCAGUGGAUAUGGAAGCCGCGCCAAGAGAAUCAAGGAUGCAGAACAAGGAAAGCGAUAUUGGUGUCAGAAGAGCGUCGAACAAAAAGCGUCAUCAAAACCUUCAAUCAAUCAUGCAGAUUCCAGAGCAUUUCACAGAAUUGUCUAUUCGGAUGUUUGACGCACUUGACGACAGUGGAGCUGGGAAGGAAACUGUAUUGGAGCGGAGGAGAACUUUCUUGCGGAGGGAGCACAUUGAGAAAAUAUCAUAUCAACUAGAAGGAAUGAACAGUGAGUGUUUUCAUUUCGGGAGCCAGUCGGAAGGGACCACAACUCCCGGUCUCCAGUCUGAUAUUGAUUUCCUACAAAGUAACCACAUAAUCAAUAUCAUGACCGUCUGGGAAGACUGGAGGACUGGGAUGAUUAACCUUCUGAUGCUCCACGACAACACCACUCCACCUCAACAGUACUUGCUACAACUCAUCCAUACAGACACACCGGAACCAGAGACCAGUCUGACCGAUGACACGUUCGUAAGGAAAGAUUCUGGGCAAAUACUGUUCAGUGCUGAAAGAUGGAAACAGGAAAUCGAGUAUGUAAAUAGAGAUCAAGGGGAGGUUACUAAAAAUGGGCCUUCUGUGAGUUUUACGCCUAACUGGGAUAUUGUAAAUGCAUGUCAUAUACGCAAACCUUUUCCUGAAAUACAGCACUGGAUAGACCGAUGUAGAGGUAAACACUGGCCACCUGUUCAGCUUCUCGAGGCUGCACGGAUAGCUCCGUGUUUCCUGGUACCAGCAGGACAUCCAGACAGCGAUUACAAGCGUGAAGAAUGGCGACUGUCUCCAAACCUGAUAGAACGAAUGUUGAUUGGUCAUCUUCAGGCGGCAGUUCGAGUGCUGGAGGAUGUAGAGAGAAGGUAUCACAGCACGGUCAAGGCUGUGUGUGGAUGUGGAUCAAUACAGGGAGACAGGGAUCUGAAGGUGUUUGCUGAUAUGCUAUUAGGCAACACUGACAACAGUGAACUUCCAUUCACAUUCUGUGUAAAUUUUUUAAGACAGGAAUCACACUGUGCCCCUUUAAUUUUAUUGUUUGAAAUGAAUCGCAAUAUCACUGAAGAGGAAGUGGCACAGAGAGAUUACACUGAAAAACAUUGGAUGGGCAGUGCUGAGGUGGAUGCUCUUCCGUUCCUAUACUAUAUGCAGUACAUCACGUAUGGGGGACUCGGUGAACGUGACACACAGCUUCACGCUAUGGGAGUCCUUGAGGCUUAUAAUAUAGAUAUAAGAAAUCAACUCAACCUGUAUCACCAAGAGACAGCACUGAACUUGCUCGGGCAUUGUUACGAAAUGGAAGGAGACUAUGCAGGAGCGUUACAUUACUACGAGUGGUCAUUGCGUUGUCUUCGUACAAACAACGCCGCUAACUGGCACGUCCUGCGUAUUAUGCGUCUCAUAAGUGGUUAA